AUGAACACAAAGGCGGGCACCGACUCGCUCCCUGCAUCCCUCGAUUCCGAACUCGCUGCCCUCGGCAUAGAGCCCUCCUCACCCCCAACCCUGCUCCAAGAGCACCUCGACGUCCUCCCCGUCUCCGUCCUGAAACAGCUCGGCACCCUCGUCCCGCCGCGCGACCGCUCCAAGAUUGCGCGGAUACGGCAACGGCGACACAUAUGGGCCCACCCGGCCUCCUCAACCUCAUCAGCCACUCAGGCAAGCGAGUCACUUCCGGGUAGCACCGCCGCGAUCCCCAAACCAGUGGAGCUCACAGCGCAAGAGGGACGCAUCCGCUGGCCCCUGCUCUGGGAGCAGCUCGGCGGAGAUCCGACCCUAGUGCCCUCAACGCAGGCACAGAGGGACGCAGUGCGAUGGGCAGAGGAGGACUUCAUGCCCGGCUCGACGCGGCACGUGGGCCGCUUGGGCCGGUUGAUGGGGGAGGAGGAGGAGAUGGGCGCGUGGCAAGCAACAGCCCAAAACAGAGCGAGGGAGAGGAGGAUGCAAGAGCAAGGGGAGGAGUUUGACUCUGAGAGUGAUGACGAGGAGGAGGAGGUCAUGGGCAGUGUACGCCCCGUAUCUCUGGGUAUCCCGGGGACGGCUGCCGCACCCGUUUCGAAUCCGGGCAGCGCGAGUGUGGGCGUCUCGACGAAUGCUGUGUCCGACUCUAGCCUGCGCCAGUCGACACAUACGGCGCCGAAACGAAGCCAGAGCCAGGUCGAGGCCGAGUUUGAGAAACGCCUCCUCGAGCUCUUCCUCGACGGCCUGGACACUAUUGACUACGACGUCGUCGACUUCACCCCCGUCGAGGACCCCAUUGCGGACCGGGACAGGACGGAUGCGUACUUUGAUGACGAGGCGCCGAGUACCGCCCCCGGUGGGAGUGGGAACGGGCACGGGGAGGGGGACAAGGUCAUGGAGAAUGGGCAGGGCGAGUAUGACUACUAG